GCUAUGCUGACACCUAGAGUAGCGCGGACAGCAACUGCAAUAACACUCCUUAUGCUACUGUCGUCGGUAGAAAAGAAGACGAGACACUGAUCUGUUCGUGAGUGUCCGACGACUGCGGCGAUAAUGGCACAAAGUUCUGCCGACAACUAUGGCAUAAACGUUUAAAUGCUCUACCCCUUUUUUGCCAUUGGGUUCGGCUCGCGCACACGCAGACACAGCCGUCAUUCAGAUGAACGCACCGUCUAUAGAAAAUGUGUUCAAGAGAAAGGGAAGAAGGGAAAUUGGAAAGCAUACUGCAAGGGAGUGAUGGCACUGGAGAUAGAGCCUUUGGAGCAGCCCGCCCCGGCACCGUUACGGAACUACGUUGACCACAGCGAAGACGAAGGCGAGCUGGCGAACAGUUCUCAAAAAGCAGAACUUGGCGUGACUGGGUCAUUUCGUGCCAAAUCAGACUGAGCGGAGCUGCUGCGCCAGACGCUUCACACAGCGCCCCAACAACCGAUCCACGACGAACAGUUAGUUACGGUCGCUGGCAUUCCGGACACGAUCAUAUCCUGUACAGGAAAACUACUGGUUGUUGUCUAUUAUAUGUAUUUGCAGUAUCCAGAGACAUAUAUGUAUGAUACUUAUAAUCAGUCAGCAGGCCAUAACGGUUCCUACUCAAGCGACUGAAUCAACCGAUGGAUAAACGCGAAACAGCCGCAAAAAUUGCUAAAAGUAUGUGAAAAUUUGCCAGUAACACGUAAAGGAGGAACCAGACGUGAGACCCCACAGAGGCAAAGCUAAGCGAGCGAAUAGCAGACCUAGUGGCCAUUCGUUACCUGAGUUGAGCUACGUCCUGUGAGCAGCGUCGCUCGAAGCAGCGGCUAUAACUGGUCUGCCGUAAGCAAUUCUCACAAACGCCAUAUUACGCUGCUACGAAGGGAAACACUAAAGUACUGAAAUGGCAAAAUAGUAAGAGCCGAGUUGUUUGUCAUAAUAUGCGGCUUCAAUUGGUGCUAGAUAUCUGACCUGUCGUGCAGAGUACGUGUUGUUAGUGAUAACAAGAGUUGAUGUUUUCUGAAUGACGUUGAAUUGAAAUAAUCAGUAACAAUGUGCUUGAUAUAGAAGUGAGUGCUAUGGUAAACAGUUAUUUUACUUUUUGAAGAUGCUACCAUCACGAAUACCAGAUGUGGGCUGUUCGUGAUAACGAGCUAAUAAUGACAGAAAAACAGGUCGUUUAGACGGACCGGAGCAAAGUUACGUACGUGGUCCUAGGAACAGAUCAAUAACCUUAGCAAGUGUUCCACAUGCUAGCGAGCUGCGUAUACUGCAAAACUAUUCAUCAGUUAUCGGAGUAAUUAUUGCCUCAAUUAACGCUGCGUUAUUCGAACGAUGGCCUACACCGGCACGAAGGAAGGCGAUGAGCAGGAAGCUAUGUACCGCUUCCUGACGCCUGGCGAGGCAGAACAUCAAGAAGCUGAUUUCUCCGAGCAAGAAUGUGUCUUCGUACGGAAAUUUCGGCGUCUCUCGGUAUUCUACACAUGGCUAAUGACACCGAACAACCAUAUGGAGGAAACCCCGGCUUGUCGAGCUCUAGCGUCUUGCCUUGUAGUAGCAGGAUUUGCCACAGGUACAGCCUUGGUGAUACUAUUCUUCUAUUUGGGAUUUGCCUAUGACAUUGAUGAGGGAACCAUGCUCGGAAUGUUUGCACUCGGCAGCUGGCUUUAUGGUUUGGUUACCGUUUGGAGAAAAACGGGUUGCUUCCGACCAAUCGAGGACAGUGGACCAGUUGAAGUCGCAACGGAAGCACCGCUAUCACAACCCGCAGCAGCGUCGGUUGGUACCCGUACAGCGCGGCAGGAUCCGCCAUCUUACAAAGAAGUAACCAAAAAUCCACCUAGCUACCUAGAGGCACUCCGCAUGAUGAAAAUGGCAGGAGCACCGCUUUUGGAACUGAACGCCAUCACUUUGAAGUCUUUACAUACUCCGAAUCCGACUGCCGAGGAACCUGAACACAAUCCAUCUAAUGGCUGCCGACCUUCCUAGCACAAACGAGUUUGCUCUCUAGACG